CCAGAGCCUGAUUCCACUUACCCACCGCCAACAACAUAUCGUUUCCACAACUCCUUUUCCUUCCCUUAUUUUUUUUUCUUCAAUUCUAUUAUAAAAAGACCUUCUGGGUUUUCAGUUGCAGAACCAUCCACAACAACAAAUUUCUGAAUUUUCCUCAGCUUUCCUGAAAUCCAUACACCCAGAGAUGGCGUCUCAGACUACUGUCCUCAAGGUUGGUAUGUCAUGCCAAGGCUGUGUUGGUGCUGUGAAAAGGGUUCUUGGAAAACUUGAAGGUGUAGAAUCAUAUGACAUUGAUUUCGACGCACAGAAAGUGACGGUGAAAAGCAAUUUACCACCCGAGACAGUCCUGCAAACCGUUUCCAAAACUGGCAAGAAGACUGCCUAUUGGGAAGCAGAAGCACCAGCAGAGCCCGAAGCAAAGCCUGCAGAAGCUGUGGCUGCUGCUUAGUCUUUCCCUGUUUAAUGUGGUUGUAGUCAUUGAAUAUGUCCAAGAGUAAUGAACUUGGUAUGGUGUCCUGUAAACUAUCUAGUGCUCAUUCAGCUUUUGCUUGUUUGUAAGCGACAAUGUCUCUCUGAACUAGUUGUGUGACUUUCUGUAUAAAUAAAUUGAGGAGAGACAUUGUGUUGUGUCGUGCCUUCUUCCAGAUCCUUUUUUUUAGCUUCGUUUUUCAUUGAAGUACUAAUGCUUGCGA